GAGCUGGACAGAGACACACAGACACAACGGUCGCCUGAAGGUGUGGAAGACUCACUGCGUGGUUAUGGACACUUGCAUCUUUACGGAAGGGUGAUGGUCCUUGCAAGUCAGUGCCCUGUCUGUUCCUCCCUGCAGCAAGGGUGACCAGCGGCAGGGUGAGGCGGGGCUCCACACCCUGCCCGGGCCGCGACAGUCACCAUGAACUCUUCCCUCAGGUCCAGACACUUCAGUUUCCCUGGAGACAAGCGUGGCAGCGUCAACGAGCACCUGGACAGUCUGUUCGCCGCCAUCGAGACGCGCUCCCUGGACCAGCUGCGGGAGUGCCUGCGUCAGGAGCCUCAGGGCAUCAAUGGCCACGGCGGACCCUUCUACGUGACGCCGCUGCACUCCGCCGUGGAGGCGGACUGGGUGGAGGGCGUGAGGGAGCUGCUGGAGCAGGGGGCGUCCGUCUGCGUCAGGAACCAGUACGACCAGACGCCACUGCACUACGCCGCCACGGCGCGCCAGCAGGCCAUCGUCACGCUGCUGCUGCACUGCCACACCAGCGCGGCGGCCGUCAAUCUGCAAGACAUGCGGGGCAGGUCACCGCUGCACGAGGGCGCGGCCGCCGCCUGCCUGCCGGUGGUGAGGCAGCUGCUGGAUAGGGGCGCCGCGGUGGCCGCCCACGACAAGCAGGGCGAGUCGCCGCUGCACAAGGCGGCCAAGGCGGGCGCCCUGGAGGUGAUGGCGGCGCUGAUGGCGGCGGGGUCAGACCUGCGGGAGAGAGACCUGCGGGGCAUGUGCGCCUUGCGCUGGCUGGCGCUCUCCACCCACAACGGUCUGCCGCGCCUCCUGGACCACCUGCUCCUCACCAGCGGCGCGGGCAGCCGCCACUCGCCCGUCACCUUCGACUUCCCUGCGCUGGUGCCACACUCCGGCGCGCAGCAGUGCCACCUGCUCUCCUACUUCAUCGAGACGCACCACCGUGAGCUGCUGACGCACCCCGUGUGCCACGCCUUCCUCCUCAUCAAGUGGAAGAGAGGCAAGCUGGUCUUCCUCGGGUACCUCCUCUACUUCGUCCUCUACGCCUUACUCACCACCCUCUUCAUAUUCAUGCGCCAGCUCGGGGGCUGCGCGGCGCACCUCGUGCACAUCCCCAACGCCACACACGACGCCGCCACCGCCGCCGCCGCCACCACCGACCACUGCCUCUCCCCCCGGGGCCUGCAGGGAGUGCAGGUGCUGCUGUGCGUGAUGACGCUGCUGCUGCUGGUGACGCAGCUCAACCGCCUCAGGAUCCAGGGGUGGGCGUGCCUCAGAGCCCCGAACUACUGGCUGCAGCUGACCUCAGCCGUGGGCGUGUCGAGCCUCCUGGCUUCGUCCUGGCGGGCGGGCGUACACGGGGCGGCCGCCUGGGAGCACCACGUGGGCACCGUGGAGCUGCUGCUGCUACAGCUGCAGUUCCUCCUCAUCCUGAGGAAGUACCCCUCGCACGGCCUGUACGUGGCCAUGUUCAUCCGCGUGGCGGAGGACUUCCUGAAGCUGUUCUUCGUGUACUGCACGCUGCUGGUCACCUUCACCGCCACCAUGUUCCUGGUGUUCAACACGCGGCCGCAGCACGAUCCCGUGUACAGCAGGUGGCCGCUGCUCUUCCUGAAGAGCGUCACCAUGAUGGUGGGCUCCGUGGACGUCACCAGCCCAUUAGCGGAACAGCUGGACCGCCUCCCCUACACCAGCUACCUUCUCUUCUUCUUGUUCAUCCUCUUCAUCCCCAUCGUGCUGGCCAACCUGCUGGUGGCCCUCGCCGUCAGCGACAUCCGGGAGCUGCGCGCCUCGGCACACCUCACGCGCCUGGCCAGCAUGGUGGAGGCCAUGGACAACAUGGAACAGCUGUGUGACUUCCCGCUGCUGCGGCGUCUGGCGGGGUACUGCCGCUUGGACACCAAGGCCACGCAGGUGCGGCUGUGGCCCCAGCAGGACGCCCGCCGCCCGGCAGUCACGGUGGAGACACGCAGGCGGCACCCCAGCGCCUCUCGACGCCCGCGCUGGUGUGCGUGGCUGCUGCACCGCCUUCACCCGAGCUGCUACCGCGUGCACGUCCCCGCCGCGCUGCGGGAGGACGUGCUGGCGCGGGUCGCCGCCAGGGAGGCAGUGCCCGUCGACCCCAACAAGAUGGACGUCCCUCGCGACUACAAGCUGCUGUUUGAAGAGAUCGUCAGGAGACUCAAGCUCCUCGAGGCCGCUCACAUGCACUAGCGCCCUGCCCGCCCGCCACGCCCGCCCACGCCACGCAGCUGUGGGGCAGGAGGCGCGGCGCUUAAUGCCUCUCACCAGGCUGUGCGGUGGAGGAGUGUUGCAGGUUGCCAGAGUGACUGUGUGGGACUGUGUAAAGUGACUGUGUACUGCAGAGAGGUAGACACGACACACACUGAUACAUUGAUACAGAGAUUCAUUCCUUGUCCUCUCACUAACACUGUAACACACACACACACACACACACACACACACACACACACACACACACACACACACACAUUAAUUAUUACCUCCACACAUUGCUCUCCUAUUCACAACAGGAGGAAAAAGAAAAAAAAAGUAUUGGAAAAAGGAAAACUGGAAUAGACCACCCCUUCCUUCAUUCACGGUAAAAGAAAACGGAAUAAAAAAAAUGUAACAGAGACAAAACUAAACCAAUACUUCUGAGACGCGAGGAAAGAAAGAAAAAAUAGUUUAGUCCACGAUGAAAAAGAAGCAACAGAGUGAGAAAAUGUGAACUUCCGAGAGAGAGAGAGAGAGAGAGAGAGAGAGAGAGUUACAUAAGAGUUGUUUACAUUUCACUCCUCCCACAUCCUCAGUCAGCAACAGAAGGUAACUCGACCUGCAGUACCAGCCAAUCACCACACGGUCACCACACAGUCACCAGUCACCACACAGUCACCACACAGUCAAAUAACGAGUGGUAGUGAAAAUAGAGACAAAAAUAAACGUAAGUAGAUGAAAAUAAUGAUAAACUUGAAAAAAAGAAUUGAAAUGGUGACAGUCAGGUAUACAGUCACCACACAGUCACCACACAGUCACCACACAAGCAGGAAAGUGUCAAAUAACGAGUGAUAAGUGAAAAUAGAGAGAAAUUAAAGAAAAUAGAUCAAAAUAAUGACAGUUUCUAAGAUAAUGGUGACAGUCAGAUUUGCAGUCACCACACAGUCACCAUUACCAGCAGAGGAGUGGUGAAAUGUGAGUGGUGAUUGAUGGAGCCUGAUGAAACAGUGACUCUCAUUCUCAAACACGGAAAAAAAAGAAAACAAGACGAAAAUAAAAAAGUAAUAAAAUAAUUGUAAAUAAAAGAAAUAAUAAGAAAAAAUGCA